CUCUGUCCACUGCCUUCACUCAGGUUUUAUCUUGGCUUUCUUUCAACACCAUCUUUCCCCUCUGCUGUAUUUUUUUGGGAGAAAUGGUUGAAAUGGAGCGGAUUUGCAAAAGGCCUGGCUUGUUGACACUUCUUUUUUCUGGUUCUUCACAGGAUGGAGACUUUAAAUUCCCCCUGGAGUCUGUGAAGAAGCUGAAAGAGCUCAUGGAGGGCAACAAACACAUCAACCCUCGCAUGAUGGUGCCCAUGGGCAGCUACUCCCCAUGCCAGGAGAAACACCUGCCUGAGGAGUUCAGGCCUGUGUGCAAGAGGGAAGAUGCACCCAUGAUUUUCAGGAGGCUGAUCCUGGCUGCUGAGGAUGACCUGUGUGAGAUCUGUGCCAAUGCUGCCUGUGCUGGCUGCUUCUGAGAAGGUGGAAAAACCCAC